AUGAAACGCAGUAGCGAUUACGGUAAUCAGCACGAAAAUAUCAAGAAGCCACGGUUCGGACAAAGCUAUAAUUACGCGUUGGCCAAUAGUGGUAUGCGAAGUGAACUUGGUCAAGCGACUGCAUCCGGCGAUCUGUAUAGUCAUCAAUUUCCUCCUGUAGGUCCCUCGGCGAUGAUGAUGGCUAAUCAUUCUUAUACUCAAGGCGCUGCUGGUUUCCAUCCCGCGCAAAGUGGAUUUGCUGGAAUGGGUGGAUAUCAUCAAGGCGCAUCACAAUACGCAGCUAGCAUGAGUCAGUAUAAUCCUGGUGUCAAUAAUAUGGUUCCGCAAUUCUCUGCUGAUGUGCCAGCUGACGAGAUCUUAAAUCAAGUAAAAGUUGGCCCUAUAGAAUCAGUUCGCAUACUUCCCGAAAAAAAUUGCGCAUUCAUUUCUUUUAUGGAUGGAACUGCAGCUGCGGCAUUCUAUCAUGAUGCCUCGACGAGAAAGUUGAUGAUUCACGGUCAAGAACUGAAAGUUGGUUGGGGAAAACCUUCACCUGUUCCACCGAAUGUGCAAGUUGCUGUAAGUACUCAAAAUGCUUCUCGUAAUGUAUAUUUGGGAAAUCUGGAUGAUACAAUCACUGAGCAAGUAUUGCGGGAUGAUUUGGCGAAAUUUGGUACUAUUGAAACGGUGAAAAUUGUGCGAGAGAAAAAUAUCGGAUUUGUUCAUUUCUUGACUAUUAGUAGCGCCAUUAAAGCUGUCCAAACAUUACCGCAAGAAUCCAAAUAUACAAACAAAAAAGUUAAUUAUGGAAAAGAUAGAUGUGCUGUUAGACCAGCAUCAGGAAAUGGAAAUUCAUCCCAGUUUACUUUUGCUCCUAAUGGCACAAUCGGGUUUCAAAGUUUUGGUAAUGCUGGUGCAAUGGGAUUUGCGACCUUUGAUCCAUACCAAGUUGUAGCCGCGGCUGCAAACACGCAUCUUGAAAAUGGAGGUGAAUUACGCAGUCCUACCAGUCCACUGUUUUCAUCGGCAUCUUCCGCGGCAGGAAGCGCAACUUCUGGAUCACAAGUUGGUAAUCGCACUAUAUACCUUGGAAAUAUUCAUCAAGAUACCACUUGUGAGGAAAUUUGUAAUGUCAUUCGUGGUGGAAUUCUUCAUCAGAUCCGUUAUAUGGCCGACAAACACAUUGCCUUUGUCACCUUUGUUGACCCAACAGCCGCCAAUAACUUUAUGUUCUUAGCACAACAUCAAGGAGUCGUGAUCAAGAAUCGACGUCUUAAAGUAGGAUGGGGAAAAAAUUCUGGACCAUUACCUGGAAAUAUUCAAUUGGCUGUCAACACACAAAAUGCAUCACGUAAUGUGUAUGUCGGUUCGUUGGAUGAUUCUAUCACCGAGGAGAAAUUGCGACGUGAUUUUUCCGAGUUUGGAGAAAUCGAGCUAGUGAAUAUCCUCAAAGAGAAAAGUUGCGGAUUUGUCAAUUUCACCUCGAUAGUGUAUGCCAUUAAAGCGAUAGAAGGAAUCAAAGCAAAAGAAGAAUAUAGAAAAUUCCGUAUCAAUUAUGGAAAGGAUCGAUGUGGCAAUGCUCCAAGAGGUCUUACCUCCGGUGGUACAUCAACCGGUAGUGCAAGUAAAACCAAUAAAGGACGUAAUAGCGGGGAAUCUGAUGCCAGAAUACUUCACGAUGGUGACACUUCAGAAUCUGAAAAUGAAAUUAUUGAGGCGCCGGACGAUGUAAAUGAAAUCGACGAUGAUUUCGCCAAUUUGGAUUAG